AUUUAAUUUUGUUUUUGUGAUAGGAAAUAUUUUAUCCAUAAUAGCAGCCGCAAGCCUUGCAGACGAUAUUUGUAGAAAUUGCUUUCAGAAUUUUUAAAUUAUAAAUUUCUUUUUGCUUGAUAAUAUGAGUAGAAGGACUCUUUUAAAUUAUAUGCGUUAUUUAAGCGCAUACGUAAUUCUUUUGAAAUGACAUGCAAAGCAUAUCCUGUAUAUAAAGCUUGCAACUUUCUUGCUAUCAAUUAUUAUGACGAGAUAUCUAAUACAUUUGAGGAUUGUUUAACUGAGGCACUUAUAUGUGAAAAUACUUUUCUUGAAAAUGAAAAUUUGAAUACUCUGCCAAAUAUAGAUAAACUGUACAGAUUGCCAUGGCAAAAAAUUCAAUAUGAUGAAAACUUUUUAUCUGAUGAAGCAACAAAAGUUGAAGAAUCUAUAUCAGAUAUAAGGGGAGAUACUUAUUUAAAUUUAGUUGAACCUUCAUGGCUUUGUAAUAACGAUGACUGCUUUCAUGAUGGUAAAAUUUCUGUGAAAGAAGAAAACAUUUUUGAUGAGGAUCUUGAAGUUUUUAAAGAAAACACUUUAGAUGGUAAAUUUCAGUUACUUGAUGUUCCAUAUAUUCCAUUUAAUCUACCAAAAGUUGCUCUCAAAUGGCCAUUUCUGACUGAUUUAUUGAAAAAAGUGCCAAUUAUGGAAGUUGAAGAUGUAUUUGAAAAUGAUUCUAAUUUUCCAUUUGAAGAUAUGGAAAUGUUUUUUGAUACAGAUUUGGAGGAUACUGAUAAGAAAUUGUCUCAGAAUUAUACAGAAAAUGUAUUUAAAGAAAUUCUUUUACCAGAAUUACCUAUUGAAGAGAACAAUUUCUUAGAUAUUGUCAAUGUAAAUAAGAAUACCAAAAUAGUACCUGAAUCUAUGAAAUUUAGUCAAGGCCAAGGCAGUUUGAAUGAUAUAACAUCGAAUGGUUUGUUACAUCAAUCUCAAAAAUCUUUCCUUGCAAUGCCCUCUGAUUGUAGUGGGGAUUAUAAAUCAGAAAACAAUAAAGAUGAAGUGGAAAAUAAUUUUAGAAAUGACAAACAUAAAGAAGUGGAUGAUGAUACAUACACUUCUCAUCUUAAAGAAAAUACUUCUAUUGUUGACAAUGUAUUUAAUGACUUUGAAAUGAAUGUCGAUUCAAACAAAAGUCUUUAUAAUUCAAAUCCAUCAGAAAAUUCUUAUGCAGAAGGUACUAUUCUAAAUGUUUGUCCGGAGAACUUUAAUUCUGAAUGUGAUAUAAAUGAGCUGAUAAGUAAAAUUACUGCUUCUCCUCAGAUUGAUGAAAAAACAAGAGAUUGUCAAAUAAAUAGUUUCCUAAACAAUUCUUCUGAUUCAAAUAACGCAAACAGUUGCUCACAAAAUAAUAAUUUUAUUAUUGAGGAAUACCUUCCAGAAACAUGGCUUGAAGAAAAUAAUUUCUUUGUAGAUCAAGAACUUACUACUAUUGAUAACAAUGAGAAAAAUUCGUAUAUGGAAAAAAUUUCUAAACUUACUUUUGAAAAAAGAAUUAAUAAAAAAAAUGAAACAGCAAGUUUAUCUGUUUUACCAAAUAAAAACUUCAGAAGUUAUACUGCUGUUAGAAAAGAUACAUUUUCAAAUUCUCCACUUUCUUCUAUGUGUAAUAAAGAUCUCUCUCAAGAUCAGCCACUUUCACAAAAUUCUAACUCGUCUAAGACUGUAAAUCUACUGUCUAAUUUCUUAAACAUUACUAAAUUAACUAAUAAUGAUAAGACCUUUACUUCAAAAUCAAAAUCUAACCUGCUUAAAAGUUAUUUGAAAGAUAAGGAAAAUGAGGAUUCUGAAAUUACAUCUAUGCAGAAAAGUACCUUGAAUGUUGUAAUGUCUUCAUCUAAGAAUAAAAAUCCUUAUUCAUAUGUACCUGAAUUUAAGGUCGAAGAUUUACUUGUUACACUCUCUGAUGAGAUGACUAAAAUUGUACUCAUUUAUGAAGCUAAUGCUGUGCCAUUUUUACAAUCAUUAUUACAGUCGGAUACAUUUAAAUUCCCUCUUAAAUUCACAAUUGCUGAUAUUUCACCAUGCAAGACUUGUUUCCUGCUUAACCAAGAAGUAAAACAGUGUAGAGAUUAUAACAUCAGUUUAUUAAAAGAAAAAGGGCAAAAACAAGAUUAUUACAGCCAACUGCUAGCAUUUCAUGGCCUCUUAAAAUCAUUUGAAUGCUUUAUUCAUUUUGAUGUUCAACUAGCAAUAUCAAAUUUACUAGAAUUUGAAGAACGCCAUCUGGCAUUAUUGAAAAACUGUUAUGAUUCUAUUGCUAAAACAUUCAAAAGUGAAAUGAAUAAAUGUGCUGAAAUUAAUUACAUCCAUCCAAAACUAAGAGAAAUGGCUAAAUUUCUUAAAGAAAAAUUGAGUCUGGUUAAAGAAACAGGGCACAUAUUUAAGGUUAUGAUUAUUAUAAAAAAGUAUUUGAAUGAGUUAUAUAAAAAAUUUGAGUCAGUGUUAAAAGAAGAAAUGUGCAAUAUUAAAACUUUUCUCAUUCCUGAAAGUGUGUUCCUUCAUGAAAAUACUUUGAUGUUUAAAAGUUCAGAAGACACUGUGUUCUUUGUUAGUCCGUCUUCUCUUGCAAAAAAUAUUCCUUGGAAGGAUUUAAUUUUCAUUAUUGAAUUUCAACAUGACAAUAAUUCUUGCUGGAAGCAUAUCUGUUCUGAGAAGAAUGUUUUUCAUGCUUUUGUUCAAGUUGCUGAUUUACCUCUUAAGACUCUUGAUGAAAUUCAAAAGCUUAAAAAUACAGAUAAAGCUUCUGUUUAUUCUGUACAAGAUACAGUCAGAUCUCUAAUAGUAUCAGGAUCUAUAACUUCUCAGUAUCAGCUUCUUUAUUUAUUAGAAUCCAGGUUGAAUCUUUCAAUAUGCAUCAGACAAUAUAAAGAAAUUUUACCUCAUCUUCAUUUUGCUGAUGUUGCCAUAAAUGAAAAAUCUGCACUGAUUUUUGUUAGCAAUGUUUCCUUUUCAGAGGAUAAUUUUCCAGAGACUUUGUUGGAGAAAGUUUCUUUCCUGCUUUUGAAAUAUGAAAUUUGUUGGAUUAUAGUUCAAGAAUAUAAAGAAAACUUGAUUACCUUGAAGCACAUGAAAUCAAAUGAAAAUUUCUGGAAGUUUUUUUUGCUAAUAGAAGAUCUUUGCCAGAAUUCUACGACUCAUAAAGUGAAGAUGUUACAUGCUCAAAGCAUUGAAGAAACAUUGGAUUUAAUCAAAAAUAUUUUAAUGCGUAAUUUGAAUAAUUAUCCAAUUUCUUUUACUAGUCAAAUCUCUAAAGAAGAAACAUUCCUGAUAUCUUUUCCUUCCCUGAAUCCAUAUGUAGUUCAACAUAUGAUUUCUGAAUGUAGUUUAUAUGAAAUUUUAAAUUUCACUUUGGAUGAAUUAUUACAAAAAUGGUGUUUCAUAUCAGAACGAUUUUUCAAAUGCUUUCAUUCUGCUGUUCAUAAAGUUUUAUCUGUAGAAUCUGAUGCUUCUGAUGAAAGUUUAGUAUCGACUCCGGAUUCAGAUCACGAACUGAAUUUUGAAAGCAAUUCAGAAUUUAAAUUGAAACCUAAUUAUCAUAAAAAUUUGAACGAUUCUCAAGAUUUUGAGGAUUUAGAAGAAGCAAACGACAAUGAAUAUUUUUUGAACUCGAAAUUUGCAAACGGUGAUGAAGAUGGUGAUUACCACCAAUUGCGUGGAAGUAAGAAAGCAAAUGAACAAUUCGGAUCUGACAAAUCUUUACAAGAGCUGGAUCUGGAUUAUAUGUCAUUAAAACUUAGUCAUGAAUAUGAUGGUUAUAACGAUUAUUUAAGCGGAGACGGUUCUUCCUUUAAUAGAACAGGAUAUUCCAUUGACAAAUGCGCUAUUGUAACCCCAAGAAAAAAUAGAUAUCAGGAAAAUGAUUAUUCAUAUAAUUUUGAAAGCUUGAAUUCUCAGUUUGCCAGCAGUAAUAGAGAUAAUGAUUGUAAUAAAUUUUCAAUGAAUGCAAGAGAUAUGUUAGAAAACUCUACCAUAGCAACUAUUGGACGGGAGCCUUUUUCCAGUUCUAUUUCAAAGGUUCCAAAUUCUCAAAAUGGAAACAAAUCCCCGUUAGAUCUCGAAAAAUUUAUGUAUAUUCCAAAGAAAAGGCCAUUUUUGGUUGAAGAUUCAUCUCCAAAUAAUGAUUGUGUAUCGUCACCUGCUCUUAAAAAGUCAUGCAGAAUUCAAAAAGGUAUGAUUUCAAAGAUCGUCAGCAAAAAGGAUUUGGCUUACCCUUCGACUUUUAAUAGUCAAGAUACAGUUUUUUGUGAGUCAGGAAAUGUUAGAAAAGCCAAAGUGUCUCCUUUUAUGAAGAGUGGGCACUGUUUUGAAGAUCCUGACACAAAAUUUGUUGUGAAAUCUAACUUGAGAAAUGAUGCAGAUAUUUAUUUUGAACAGCAGCAGUCUGAGUGGCCAGAUUCUUCGUUAACGAUGAAAAGCAUUCCUAUGACUCCUGCAGUUCGAAAAUUAGGUUAUGAGAAAAUGCCUGGUGUUAAAGGGCAAACAAGGCUGGUCUUUCAUUAGCAAUUACCUGAACAUAUUUAUUAUAAUUAGUUUUAUGCUUGAUUCAUAUAAAUUUGUAUAAAUGAGUUAUUAUGAGAUCGAAUUAUUAACAUGUGCUUUACAAAAUGGCAUAUAAUGUUGAAACUUAUAUCUAUGUAAAACUUGAGAGAACUUUUAUAAGAAACAUAAUAUUGAACUGAGAUAAAAUUUGUUUCGAUUUUCACCUCCAAUUUAUCAAAAAAUAAUAAGAAAAUAUAGAUUUUGUAUUCCGAUUUCAUAAAAUUGCCCAUCUUAAAGAAGAUAAAUUUUGUAUUUUAUAGAAACGGCUAUAGAAACUGUUACAAUUAAUUAAAAUGUCCAUUUAAAUU